UUCCGUGCAAAACCUGCUUUACCGCCUCAGGAGCAAACGUGUGUGUUAUGUAAAUACAGUACAAUUAAUCGACACUCUUUUAAAGUGCAUCAAAGAUCAGGACACCACUUAGAACUUCUGGAGGCGAUUCAGUCCAAUCAAGGAUCACUACCUGCCAAUGACAUCCAACAACAGAAUACCUCUGACGAACAACCUACUAUCCCGCUAAGCGAAUCUCGUAGUUCUGAUAUGGAGUCCAUUGAAAGACCAAUCCAACCUGAACGCACUGCCGAACCAUUGUCUGAACCUGCAAAUGAAUUUGAUGAAAAUCAUAUGAUGAUUAUGAUGCGAUCUAAUGAACCUCCCGUUCCUGUUAACGACGUCAACAACGGCUCUAAUGGUGAUGGUGGUGAUGAUGCAUAUCCUUUCAAAAAUGAAUACAUAAUGCAUGCCCUUCUUUUCUUCAAGUCUGGUAGCUUUAAGUAUUCAGAAGUCCAAAUCAAAUCAGUUCUUGAUUUUGGUAAAUAUAUGGCUGAAAUUGCAAUCAAAGAGUACAGAGCUCAACUAGCUUUGGAUCCUUCUGAUAAAAGUUGUAUACCUUGUUUUCCUCAUGCUCCCCAUUGUGCGAAAGAUGAUAACGGCGGACUUCUUGUCGAACCUACUGAACCUGCCACAUCAACUAGCACAUCUGGUACUGCUACAGCAGCUGACGCCUCUGCUCCUGCUCCUGCCUCUACCUCUGCUCCUGCCUCUACCUCUGCUCCUGCCUACCUCUGCUCUGCCAAUACCUCUGCUCCUGCCACUGAUCCUGCUGCAACAAAUACAACUGCUUCUGCACCCGCUGUUCCUGUUGUUGUCGCAUCAAAGCCUGACUUUCAAGGUGAAAAGUGGAAUUGUGAUAGAUUGUUUGAGCAUCCCAUGAUAAUUACUGGUCCAAAUCUUCAACUCUGGGUAUCGGAUAACAAUAUUCCUCUUCGUGAUCGCCAUUAUUUUAAAGUGGCCAAGAUAUUCCAAAUAUCAAAAGUUGUGAACGUUGAUUUCUUACAACAAAUAAAUGGUGACGAUUAUCUUUGUUCUAGAGAUGUUGUUGCUAAUACUCGAUUGAUUCGCGCUCAUCAUGACAUGAUUGAUACUGGUAAUAAGUACAAGCGUCCACUGCCCAUUAGAUCACGUAUAAGAAGCAUAAAUCCCAAUUCGCCAAACUACCAGGUCGUUAGAGUAAUUCCGUACAACCUUUUCUCUGAUGAUACCAGUGGUAAUUCCACAUCAAAAUGGAAUUGUUUCGAUUCGUGGUCGAUGAAUCCUGCCGCUGUUCCUCUUAGUUUGCCUUCCCUUGUCCCCGAUUUAAAGAAACUGGAAACUGGUCUGCCGAUGUUUGAUGCUAUUCUCAAGGAAGAAGUCUUUGUUGUUGCUCCUCUUUUGUUUAUCAAGGCUGACAAUCCUCGUCAUGCCGAGGUUUCUUGUUUGAAAGCUUCAACAGCUACUUAUCCGUGUAGAAAAUGCUUCUGGUGUCGACAUGCUGAUGCUUUUGAUCCUAAUAGAAUUACCACGGCCGAAGAACACAUGUCAGUUCCAAGAGAAAAAGGUCACUGGAUGAGUUUAUUUCCAAGCGAUGACUCGGAUAGUACUGAUUUCUCGAUACGUGUUCGUAACAGACAGGGUGAUUAUAUCAUGGUCGAAAACUUGAUGGACCUCGGCUUCAAGGAAACUGCUGGCAAAAGGCUUUUGACGUUGUCUUCUUGGGAUCCUAGCAAGGAUACACCGGUAGAAAUUCUGCAUGGCCUAUGUCUCGGUUUAAUCAAAUACACGUUCAACAAAGCUGCUGAUUGCUUUUUCAACAAGAAGCAGGUUGAUCGCAUUAGUAUUUUGUGUGCAAAGUAUGGGUCUAAGGCUUUUACCAAUUUGUCGACGCAUCUCAAAGGAUACAAAAGCUUUCUUGGAAGAGACUUCAAACUUAUGAUUCAGAUGCUCCCAAUUGUUCUCAGAGUUGCUCGUGACCACAUUGAUUUCCUCAACCUUCGUAAUGAUCAAUUCCACCGAAUGGAUAACGUUAUUAGUACUUUUGACAAGCUUGGUGAGCUUUGCUCAUUGUGUUAUAACUGUGAAAUACAUACCAACUUUUCUGCCUAUCUCGAUUUAUUGCGUCAAUCCGUUGAUGAUACUGUUAUUGCUCUGGAUAACCUUGAUCGUACCGUUGUUCCCAGUAACCGACGUACUCGUGGAGAGCCAGCAACAGCAACGACAACUGCAUCAGUGCCCAGUCAAACUACUUCUGAAGAGAUCUAUGGUCUUUCUGGUGAACAAUCUAAUGGUGCUACGAUUCCAUACGCCAAAACUGGUGGUCCAUUGUGUAAUCGUUUAAAGACUCAUUUGAUAGUCCAUUUGGUAGAGGAUUGUCUUCGAUUUGCUUCUCCUGUGCUUCUCGCAACUGAAAAGAACGAGCAAUUCAACAAACACAUUAGGGCAAUUGUCAUGAAGACCAACAAACAAAACCCUUCUCGUGAUUUGGCUCUUAUUAACGGUCGUGAGGUAAUGCUGAGAAGUAUUGCGAUGGGUCUUGUUUGGGAUAACGGUAUGAAAACUCGUGGUAGUCUGGUCAAAGCGUGGUUCGAUAGGUACAGUGAGGACAUGUACUAUUCUGCUAAUCGGGAAUUCGGCAGUACUGAAUAUAUUGCUGGAAAGAAGAUUGCUUUAAAUGACGGCUAUUCUCGAUCCUUCGUGAUUCACGAUGACAGUAGCCUCAUUUCUGUCUAUCAAGCUGACGAAGGUGGUAAUCUCCUCACCAAGAAAACUGAAGAAAUCUUGGACUUGCUGAAGUAUAAACUGACUGUGGUGGAAUUACUUGACAUGUCUCAGGAAACUGAGAUUGACACUUGCAAGUUCGGUACUUUCUGGUGGCUCCAUAACACUAAUCGUUAUUUCAAAAUUUUAGAAAAUGAAAGAAACUAAUCAUUUUGUUUUUUUUUACAUGUCAUUUUUUCAAAAAAAAAAUCUCUUCCAUUUUGUUAUCCAAUAAAAAUGCUUAGC